UGCUAAUUCAUUACUGCCUUUAUUUUCAUAAUAUGAAAUAUCACAGCUAACAUAAAAUUCCUUGACAUCGGAAGCUUACUCGCCCUUCUCAUUGUUUCCCUUUGUUUACCAGAGUUUAUCUCCAAACAUCAUUACCCUAAGUGAGUUUUCAGUCAAGCUUUAGGGCCAUACUGUUGGCAGUGUCAACAACUGGUCAAGUGAAGCUGCUGUUAAUGCAUCAACCCAGCGAGACAUUGGUUGUGGGAGGUGUACCUGCACACUCCACCUCUCAAAGGUCAUCCAAGGCAGUCCUGAUGACAUCACCGGACGAUAUAAGAGGCAAACAGAGCGAGGCUCAGCUGCAAGCCUGUUUGAGCUGAAAUCCGAGGAAGCCAGCAAAGCUAGCUCUGUCUGUCUCCGCGUCUUCCCCGUGUGUUCCUGGGAUAUAAGAAGACAUCGCAUUGGAAAAUAUGCUGUUCUGCCAUUCCCAGCCUGAGUCCUACCACCAGCACUCUGCUAGUUACAUUAGAGAGGCCUUGGCACCUUUCUUGCAAAACGAAGAAGCCAGGCUUAUGGCUGAAAAUGGUACCAAAGAGGAUCCAUUCCAGUACAUUCUGUGUGCAGCCACUUCGCCGGCUGUGAAACAGCCAGAUGAGACUCUCACUUAUCUCAACCAAGGUCAGUCCUACGAAAUCCGUAUGCUUAACAGAAAACUAGUGGAGUAUACAGAUAUAAGCAGCAAAUAUGUAAAGAGCAUUGUGCGCGUGGUGUUUCAUGACCGUCGACUGCAGUACAUGGAGCACCAGCAGCUGGAGGGAUGGAGAUGGAACAGACCUGGAGACCGAAUCCUGGAUAUAGAUAUCCCACUGUCAGUGGGGAUACUGGAGCCUCGUUCAGACCCUCUGCACCUCAACACCAUUGAGUUCCUCUGGGAUCCUGUCAAGAAUGCCUCUGUUUUCAUUCAGGUCAACUGCAUCAGCACAGAGUUUACCCCCAGGAAGCAUGGUGGGGAGAAGGGGGUGCCCUUUCGUAUCCAGGUUGACACUUUCACUACCAAUGAACAAGGGGAAUACAUGGAGCAUAUCCAUUCUUCCAGCUGCCAAGUCAAAGUCUUUAAGCCUAAAGGAGCUGAUCGCAAACUGAAGACAGACAAGGAAAAGAUUGAGAAAAAGACUAUUCAAGACAGAGAAAAGUAUCAACCCUCCCAUGAGACCACCCUGCUAAAAGAGUGCUCCCCAUGGCCUGAUGUCCUUAAUCUCACCACCCACAGCAGCUGCAGCACUCCAUCACCGGUUUACCACAGCUCGCCGACUUCCUGUAGUUUCCCAGAUGGCAACUGUUCUCCAAACCAGCAAAGGGAGCUGCUCGCGCCCGUCUGCCCCGAUCACCUUCUGCCGUCGUCCUCGCCGCAGGACACUCAGCAGUGGCUACACCGUCACAGGUUCUCGCCUUUCUCAAGGCUCUUCUCCAGCUUCUCAGGUGCUGAUCUGUUGAGGAUGAGCAGGGAGGAUCUGAUCCAGAUAUGUGGCCCAGCGGACGGCAUUCGCCUCUUUAACACCAUGAAAGGAAGGUCUGUACAGCCCCGUCUUACCAUAUAUGUGUGUCAGCAGCAGGCCAGAAACCAGCCUCCCAUCAAGCCAGGGGAUGGAGACAUCUACCAUGCUCUGUACCUGGAGGAGCUGACACUGUUGGACCUGUCUGAAAAGAUCGCCAUACUGUACAGCAUCACUCCACAGCAAAUUACACGCAUCUACAGGCAAAAACCCACUGGGAUCCAUGUCUUAGUCUGUGAUGAGAUGGUGCAGAACUUCAGGGAGGAAACAAGCUUUAUCAUCAGCACCAUAAGAGAUGAAAAUACAGAUGGCUACCAUGUGGUGUUGAAAUGACCAGCAGGUACUCAGGAGGUUGUUUUAUCAGUGCAGUUGUACAGAUUGUGUAUAUAAAUCCUUCUAGACUACAAUAUGUGACAUUUACUAAGAUUUACAGUACAGUAAAAUUCAAGCUUUCAGUUUAUUGUUGAUUUUGCGUUUUUGCUUAGUUUUCUUUAAUUCCCUUGUUUUAUUUGUAUUUUGUUGAGUUACUGAUUGAUGUUUGAUAUGCCUUGUAAUUAGUGGUAAACAGUGGCGUAUUACUCAUUCACAUGUGCAUACAUUUUUGGCUUCAACAUCAUAUUACUCAAUUACAUUAAGCAAAAUAAAUGCCACACAUCAUCAUGCAGACAAAUAGAAAGGACAAAUGAACAAAACUGUUGUUUGUUGUUUUAAUAGGGAAUUCUGAUCUCUCAGUGCCUCUGUUGUAUUUUUAUGCUUGUCCUAAAUAUGAAAGGCUGUUAUGUGCCAUAUGAUGGGUCUGUUUUUGUUGCUAUGGCUGAAUAUUUUCUCAACUGAAUUUGAUGCAAUAUUUUAAACAACUGAAUGUAGACAGGUUAAACAGGGGCACUGGGCUGCAGUUUGAAUCUAUGAUUUCAGCUUGUUGUAUCAUGAGUGUAUUUUAGCCAAAAUAAAACAUUUUGCACUGUU